AUGAAAUUCGUCAUAUUACUGUGUGUACUUAGCGCGCUGCUGCUGCAAAUCGAAGCCUCACCCGUCAAUCAUCUGGAACGUCAGUCCCGUGCAGUCUCACGUCAACAAGCCAGUGGAGUUAAUGAUGUCGCACCCGCUGCAUCUUCUACCGAUGAUGAUGAUGACGACGAUGAAGAUGAUGAUGAUGAUGAGCCAGAUCUAGGUGAUCUUGUGGAUGAUGAUGAUGAUGAUGAUGACGAAGAGGAUGAUGAUGAUGAUGAAGAAGAUGAUACCCCACAAGGUCAAGCUGCUCCAGCAUCAGGUGCCAACGAUGAUGAUGACGAUGAUGAUGAUGAUGAUUAUUUGGAUAGAUUAUUCGAUGAUAUUUUGGAUGAUGACGAAGAUGAUGAUGAGGACGAUGUAGUUCCAGCUGCUAGCGUACAAAAUACUGUAGCUGCUGCACCAGCCGCACCAAUUACUUCCCUAGAGGAUAUUGCGCCCGUUGGACAGUCUGCCGUAAACUCUGGUAUUAACGAUGGUUUAGAUGUGCCUGCGGAAAAUGGUAACUCAGCUGACGCCUCAAUUGCUGGCAAUGCUGCCGAUGACAUCGCCUCAACGAGUAACAACAACGAAGGUGCCAUAACAGGUGAUGAUGACGAAGAGGAAGCGGAUGACGAUGAUGAUGAUGAUGAAGAUGAUAUAAUUGGUGAUGAUGUCAUUGAAGCAAGACGUGAAGCACGUGAGUCCAAAAAUACAACAACUAAGAAACAAACAGCAACAGCUAAAAAAACUAAAAAAUCAACAAGUGCUUUGAAGAGUAAAAAGGCUCUCAAACAAUAAGUUUUCAAUGCUUUAAAACUGAUAUGAAUAAAACUAAAGAUAAUUAAAAGGACUUGAUAGCGUAAAUAAGCUUUUAGCAAUU